CCUGACCAGGAAGUCGAUUAAAUAUCAGGAAGCGUGUUUAGAGCAGCGUGAAUGUCAUAACAUUUUGCGUGUACAGAUUUGAGUUCUGUUUAUCGUACUGUUAUGAAGACAAUGAUUUUAUUUACACCCCUAAAUGUUACUCGUGCACUUAUUAAAUGACGUGAAUAACAAGACAAGACUCGUUUAAAGUCUGAAGAAGAGCCGCAAACUCCGCCCAUGCGCUCCUCUGCUGCUGUGAUGGCAGUUACAGUAACGUUAUUGGGGAGAUCACUGGUCACAUCACGGCUCUGUGCUUAUGUCCUUUUAAGUAAACGGCUUUAUUGCAGCUCAGCAAAGAGAGUCAGGGUACGUGAUGCUCUCAACAGCCCAGAGACAGGAUCAACCAUCAGAAUACAGGGUUGGGUACGCUCUGUCCGAUCGCAAAAGCACAGUCUCUUUCUGCAUGUGAAUGAUGGAAGUUCUUUGCAACCUCUGCAAGUAGUAGCCAGCUCAGACCUCAACACCAGAGACCUUACUUUUGGCUGUGCUGUCGAUGUUACUGGAAGUUUGGAAAAGAGUCCAAGCAAAAAACAAAGUGUGGAAUUACAAGCAAAUCGUGUUGAAGUGGUUGGGGAAUGUAAUCCUGUGGACUUUCCACUUAAGAUCAAGGGCCACCAUUCCCUGGAGUACAUUAGACAGUUUCCUCACCUGAGAUGCCGAACAAAUGCCUUCAGUUCAUUGCUCAGAAUACGUAGCCAGGCAACUGCUGCCAUCCACUCUUACUUCAGGGAUAACAACUAUGUGCAAAUUCACACACCGGUGAUUACGUCAAAUGACUGUGAAGGAGCAGGAGAACUCUUUCAGGUGGAACCUGCAGGAAAUGAAUGGAAUCUGGAUAAGGAAAAUCCUCAUUUUUUCUCUGUGCCUGCAUACCUAACUGUCUCAGGACAGCUGCAUCUGGAAGUGAUGGCAGGGGCUUUUCCUGCCGUUUACACAUUUGGCCCAACAUUUCGAGCAGAAAAUUCCCAGACCAGGAGACACUUGGCUGAGUUUUACAUGGUGGAGGCAGAAAUCGCCUUCACGGAGUCACUGAAGGACCUCAUGAAGGUUAUGGAGGGUUUGUUCAAGACAACUACAGAGAAUCUGCUCUCUCACUGUGCAGAGGAUGUGGAAUUAUUUCACAAAUAUAUCUCACCAGGACAUAUGGAACAAGUGGACAUCAUGAUGAAACGAAACUUUAAUGUAAUUUCCUAUACAGAGGCGAUUGACAUUCUAAACCGUAGCUCAGAGCAAUUUACCUUCAAGCCAGAGUGGGGUUGUGAUCUUCAAACAGAGCAUGAGAAGUACAUCGUGCAGCAUUGUGGGAAUGUCCCAGUCUUCGUGACGGAUUAUCCAUAUGAGCUAAAACCUUUCUACGCCAGAGACAAUCAAGACCAGCCUCAGCACACAGCAGCUGCAGUCGAUCUCUUGGUGCCCGGUGUGGGGGAGCUGUGUGGUGGCUCUCUCAGAGAGGAAAGACCGGAGCUGCUAAGGGAUCGGUUAGCAAAGGUUGGAUUGGAUGAGACAUAUGCAUGGUAUCUUCAGCUGAGAGAGUUUGGUUCAGUGCCUCAUGGCGGAUUUGGGAUGGGCUUCGAGAGAUACCUGCAGUGUGUUUUAGGAAUCGACAACAUCAAGGACACUAUUCCUUUUGCAAGGUUUUCACGCUCCUGUAUUCUGUGAAGCAGCCUGGUAUAGAAUUAUAAUAAACUGAUAGAAAGGACGUGGUAUUGUUUCAUAUGUUUUCACAGGGAGAAUCACUCUUCAAUGCACAGAAACAGAUGGCAAGAGACAGUAAUUUAUUCCAGUUUACAUUAAGAAUUGUGGUGAUUUAUUUUAAUGAGAACUCCUUGGCAAAAUGCAUUCUCCAUACCGUAAAAACCUUCUGCUGUAAAAUUCAUUCUGUUAUGAAAAAUAGAAAGUAGAAAACAUGGGAAAGUGAGCAAGCGAGUUAAGAUCUUGAUCCCAGAGCCUCUUUCGUAAUUCAGCAGUGUGCAAUUGACAUGCAAAACACUUGCAAAUGUGUACAGAUCAUCUCGCUUUGCCAAGCUUGAGCCUCAAUGAUUUGUAAGUGCUGUAGCUAAAAGGCUUUCUGAUGGUUCAUUUGAAUUUGUAGUCAAGCUCAUACAUUUUCUGUUUAGUUUUGAAAAUAUUUAGUGUAGUUACAUUUUAAAACAUCGAUUCUUUCCAUGUCAUUUUAGUGCCGUCUUUUUGUAAUGGAUUCAUAAGAGGGGAUAACAUUUUUAUCAUUGGGAAGAGUAUAAAACAAGACAAAAUUCAUUUGCAGUGUAUGGUUUACUCUGUGAUCAGAUAUCAGUUAGACUUGCUUAUUAACAUAGUAAACACCAAACUAAACAACAGUAGCAUACAUUGUAGGGAAAAAUACAGAUUAAAAUCAAUGUGUGUUGGCUUUUCACACUUCCACGCAAUUAUGAACUUAUGAAUAUGGUUUAUUUACAUUUGCUCACCACUAGAUGGCAGCGUUUUCUAAUGAACAGUGUUGAUUUGUACAGACUGGUUUGUUUAUUAAUUACUAAUAAAUACCCUUUGGACAUUUUUUUGAAAGGUAAACCUACCAUAUAGGCACGUUUUGUAGGUACAGCAAUCCCUUUGUUUAACCCCAGCCUUAUUUUGUCUCUCUCACUCUUUGGUAUUUUUCAACUCCACCUGAAACAUUCAUACUAGUGCCAAAUGCACACAUGCAACCACUGUUCACUUUCAGUGGUAUGCUUCGAAUGGUCCAGAUUGGCUGUCUUGUGGUGGUCCCUUUACUUUAUGCUGAGUGUAGAUUGCAAAGCUACAGCUAUAUACACCUAUAUACCUACUGUCCAGUAUUUUUCAUUUUUUUAU